AUGACGCCCCGUGAGAAGGUGGCCGUGCGUACCGUGUGGAGCGCCUUCUGCAAAGAGCACCCGGACUACGGCGUCCUCCUCUUCAACGCGUACUUCCUGAAGUACCCCGAUAACAUCAAGCUGUUCAAGCAUUUCAAGGGCAAAAGCCUCAGGACGCUCUCGACUGACCCCGAAUUCAGUGCGCACUGCAGCCUCGUGGGCGAGGAGAUCACGAGCAUCAUCGAGGCGCUCGACGACGUACCGAGGGUGCUCGAGAUUCUCAAGAAAAACGCUCUCUUGCACCAUCGCCUGCGUGGAGUGACGCCCGCUCACUUCACCAGCUUCGGCCAAGUGGUCAUCGACGUCCUGACGGCCAACCACGAAGACCUCAUGACGCCGGCCACCGACAACGCCUGGAAAAAGUUUUUCGAGGACUGCGGCACUGUGGGUUGA